AUGGGUUUGUUGCAAAAGAUUGUCCGUAACGAGGCGACCAGAUCGGACCCUCCAGAGAUUUACAAUGCGCGGGUUAUUCUCAUCAGCCUUGUGGCCUGCGGAGGUGCGCUGCUAUUCGGAAUGGACAUGGGAAUUAUCGGUGGUGUCUUAACAAUGGACACUUUCAAAAGACAAUAUGGCCUCAUGGACCAACCAAAGACCGUUCUUGCCAACCUCGAGUCCAACAUUGUUUCUGUAAUUCAAGCGGGUGCCUUUGCGGGCGCAUUGUUUUCCAUGUGGCUUGCCAACCGAGUUGGCCGUCGCUUCUCCCUCAUCAUUGCUUCCAUCCUGGUCUUUAUCGGUGUUGCGUUGCAGGCGGCUGCCAGUGGACACAUUGAGGCCAUGUAUGUUGGUCGACUCAUUGCAGGCAUCGCCAUCGGUAUCGCGUCGUCAGUCAACCCUCUUUACGUCUCGGAGAACGCCCCUCGCGGAAUCAGAGGUCUCUUAACCGGUCUCUAUCAACUCAGUAUUGUAACUGGGCUGACGCUCGCUUUCUGGAUCAACUACGGUUCCCUGCUCCAUAUCAAGGGCCACAGCCAAUACAUUAUCCCUCUCUCGCUGCAAGCCUUCCCAGCCGUCAUUCUCUUUGUCGGCAUGCUCCUCGCCAACGAAUCCCCACGCUUCCUCGCGCAGCGUAACCCCGACAAAGCCCUGGCCGUCCUUGCCAAGCUUCGCAACCUGCCUGCGGACCACCCGUACAUCCAGCAGGAGAUGGACGGCAUCUCGCGGCAGCUCGAGGAGGAGCGCGCUCUCGCUGUUAACGCGUCGUACUUCUCGCUUCUCAAGGAGGCGUUCACGAUCAAGUCGUACCGCAGGCGGAGCAUGCUCUGCAUCACGCUCAUGAUGUGGAGCAACCUGACUGGGACGAACGCCAUGACGUACUACAGCCCGAGGAUCUUUGCCAGCGUGGGAUUGUCUGGGUCGUCGACUGGGCUCUUCGCAACGGGAGUGUAUGGGAUUGUCAAGAUGGUGUCGUGCGCCAUAUUCAUCGUUUUUGUCACGGACACCCUCGGUCGCAGGAAGAGUCUGUUGUGGACGGGCAUCGUCCAGGGUCUGGCGCUGUACUACGUCGGUUUCUAUAUCCGUUUCGAUCCCCCCAUCGUAGGUGAACCGGUUAGCGCCCCGGGAUACGUCGCACUUGUCGCUAUUUACAUAUUUGCAGCAGUAAGUACCAAUUUGGAUGGGGACCCGUUGUCUGGACGUACUCUUCCGAGAUCCCUCCGGCGCGUCUACGAGCGUUGA